UCCAACGUCCGGGGCUAGGAGUGGGGUCCACGCCGCUGUCCCGCACCACGCUGGGAGACCCGCGGGCCCGAGUCACCACGGUGAAAUCAGACGUGAUGCCUGGAGCUAGAGUAGCCAUCUUGAGCUGUGAGGUGACCGGGGAAUGGAGGCCUUACUUGGAGGCACAACAAAGCAGAAGGACCCUGAGCCCUGACGCCAUGGAGCGUCGAGACCCUGCUGGAUACUCACAUCUGGACUUCCACAGGAGAGGGAAAUAGACCACCCUGGCAAUGUGUCCAGUAGCUAAAAGGACAAACCAACCAACAAAAACCCCUGCAUUUCCCAACCGCCCUUGCUGCCAGUUAUGACGGUGACUUUGUGUAACAAGCAGAAGGAUUGCGAGGAAUUACUUGGAAGGCUGCUUUAAAGGAGCGGAGUCAGCUGGGAGAAUCCCUCUGACGAGGGUCAAGUCCAUGCGAGAAAACCUCAGGGAGAAAGACAGGCUGAAGGAUUUCCUGGAGAACCAUCCUUACAACCUGGCCUACAAGUUUGUUGACUCUGUAAAUCUGGACCUGGGGAUAUAUUUUGAACCGAUGAGGAACUACCUGGAUCUGGCCUACGUUGGCACCAUCAGCAUUGGAACGCCCCCGCAGGAGUUCAAGGUCAUCUUUGACACCGGCUCGUCUGACUUGUGGGUGCCCUCCGUCUACUGCUCUAGCCCUGCCUGCGCUAAUCACAACGUCUUCAACCCUCUGCGGUCCUCCACCUUCCGGAUCUCGGGCCGGCCCAUCCACCUCCAGUACGGCUCCGGGACGAUGUCAGGAUUUCUGGCCUACGACACCGUUCGGUUCGGGGGCCUCGUUGACGUGGCCCAGGCGUUUGGCCUGAGCCUGAGGGAGCCCGGCAAGUUCAUGGAAUACGCAGUUUUCGACGGCAUCCUGGGCCUGGCCUACCCCAGCCUCAGCCUCAGAGGGACCGUCCCUGUCUUCGACAACCUGUGGAAGCAGGGUCUCAUUUCUCAGGAGCAAUUUGCCUUCUACUUGAGCAAAAAGGACGAGGAGGGCAGUGUGGUGAUGUUCGGCGGUGUGGACCACUCCUACUACAGCGGAGACCUCAACUGGGUGCCAGUGUCCAAACGGCUGUACUGGCAGUUAUCCAUGGACAGCAUCUCCAUGAACGGGGAGGUCAUUGCUUGUGAUGGCGGCUGCCAGGCCAUCAUUGAUACAGGAACCUCGCUGCUGAUUGGCCCAUCUCACGUGGUCUUCAACAUCCAGAUGAUCAUCGGCGCCAACCGGUCCCACAGCGGCGAGUACUUAGUUGACUGUGAUGCCGCCAACACCCUGCCCGACAUCGUCUUCACCAUCAACGGCAUCGACUACCCGGUGCCAGCCAGUGCCUACAUCCAGGAGGGUCCUCAGGGCACCUGCUACAGCGGCUUUGACGAGAGCGGAGACAGCUUGUUGGUCUCAGACUCCUGGAUCCUGGGCGAUGUCUUCCUGAGGUUGUAUUUCACCGUCUUCGACCGAGAAAACAACAGGAUUGGCCUGGCCCUGGCAGUGUAAACACUGGGGCCAGCUCCAGGAAGCAACCGUGCCCACCCCAAACCCGCACGCGUGUGCACACACACACACCCCGCAGUCAGGGCAUUCCUGCCCAGGGGCCGGCUUGAACUGUGUCUUCGGCUCUGCAAAGCCCUUCUCCCAGUGGAGAAUAAAAGACCUCAUUUUCCACGGU